AUGGAACUUCCUUGGACUGGUAAUGCGCCUCCUGAAAAGAUCUUGACAGUCAUCCAAACCAUCAUCUUGAUAGUAAGCACUGAGGUUCCAGCCGGUCUCUGUACCCAAGCUCAUAUGAAGCAGGGUUUCGCUAUUCGGCUUGCCCAGAAUAACAAGUUUCACUUGGAACCCGAUCCAUCGCUACCUCUAGCAGAGCGUGAGGAACGAAAACGAACUUUCUGGUCACUGUAUCUCCAGGAUAAACUUAUAAGCCUUUCUCGUGGACGCUUCUCCGCCAUUCGGGACGAGGAGUGCAAGAUAUCUUUACCAUGCUCCGAGGACGCAUUCAAGGAGGGCCGCGAAGAAAAGACACCCUUUCUCGACGAGCUGACUGGUGAUUGCGUGGAACAAGAAGCUAUCGACGGAUGUUGUUCACUUGGUCUGAUCAAUGUAAUGGCAUCUAUCCUUGGCCGUGUCUCGCAUUACGUUCUGCAUGAUACUCAAACAUCUCACACGGGACUUCCUUGGUCUUCAACAGCGCCUUACGCCACUUUAUCAUCGGCAUUGCUCCAAGCAGAACACUACUUUGGAAUGAACGAAGACCCGACAGAAAGUCUCAAGCAACGAUGCACGGUUGAUGAUGUCGUUGAUCAACUACACGCAAGCUCCUUUAUCUUCGCCAAGGCUAUGUUCCACUUGUCUCACUGUCUACUUCAUCACCCAUUCUUAAUUCAACAACGGCUUCAGUCCGGUAAACAAAAAGCGCCGUCAAUGUUCAUGAAGACGGCCUGGGAAAAGUGUAGGACUCAUGCGAAGAGUAUCACGGAUCUACUAGAUAUGAAGAGCCAGAAUGUGCCUAUACUAACCUCUAUUUAUGGAUACUGUAUCAUGGUUGCUGGUACAAUCCAUGCUCUGUCUUUGAAUGAUGAGAGAGAUCAUAUUCGGAAGGAGAGCCAGAAACAUUAUCGCGCUGCUAUGGAAUCAUUACAAGAUCUGUCGUGCUACUGGAACCAUGCUGCCUUGAUGGUAAAACGACUAGAGAGAUUCCAUAGUCAAUGCGAGACUCGUGGACAAGAGCUUUCCCCCUCAAACGUCGAGCGAACUCCUGGAGAUGUUAAAGCUCUAUGGCAAAGCGUCGACUACACAUCCUUGUCAACUCCAACGAGACCUGGUAGCCCGACACUUGCAGGUCAAACCUCGGUUGAAGCCGAUUGGGCUUUAUCGACGGACAUGUUUGACUUUAGUGGCUUUGGUGGAUUUGCAGAAGGUGUUGAUGUUUUUAGUAUCUCGUUUGUUGAUGGCGAUAUGACUCUUGGCGACGAAAUUCCGAAUAUGGUGCAAAAUUGGGCAGCUCCCGAAAAGGCAGAUUGA